AUGGAUGCGCGAAAGCACAAGAAGAAAAGCGAAGCGCGCGUUGUGCGGAGAAUACCGGAUAAAGAAACGGAUAAGGAAGCGGAUGUGCAAAGCGAGUGCAAAUGCAGAGCGGAUAACGAUAACCAUUGGAAACACAAAGUGCGCCCAAGUGGUGACUACUACUUUAAAGUAAAACCCAAUAGCGAGGGAAGUACAGCAAAGGGGAGUAAUAAUGAUGGAGUACGCUGCAAUGCUUGUUACAAACCACGAGGCAAGGCAUAUGACAUACCAAUGAGGUGGAUGGACAUAGACAGACAUUCCUGGAUGAUAGGCGAUGCAGGGCGCUUAAGCGUGAGAAAGAGUGCAAGGCGCGCAUGCGGGAAUACUGCGCAUUGUGUGGGAAUGUAUUGUGCCUAUGGCGUGUUUCGCAGUAAAGCUGCGCGUUAUGUGUAA